UUAUACUCUCGUGUCUCUGUUUACUUUUCUCUCUAUUUUCCACGGCCUCCAGAAGCUUCCCAAAACCCUACUAUAAACCCAUCACAGCUCGUUCUUGCUGGCUAUCACAACUAGUUCUUGUUGGCUAUUCCCUGAGUUCACUUCUCUGUUCUCUCUCAAGCUUCUCAAUCAUGCAUAGGCUGUCUAAACGCUCCGUUUCUGCUAUCCUUCGCUCCGGUGGCCCAAAUUACCGGAGAAGCGCAGCUGCGGCCCCGCUCUCCUGUCCUUCUCACUUGGCCGAUUCGGCUGUAGAUGGAGAUAAUAGAGCUAGAUGGUACUCGGUGUUAACCCCCAGGAAUCUGAUACCAAAUAAAGCGGGCUCUUCAACUCAUUUGAACCUGAAACAUGGUUUGUUUUUGGGUUAUCGAUAUGAGUCCACUGCAGCAGAAUCCGAUGCAUCAUCUUACCCACCGCCAGUGGGUGAAAAAUAUGAAUAUCAAGCUGAGGUUAGUCGGCUCAUGGACUUGAUUGUUAAUAGUUUAUACAGCAACAAAGAGGUGUUUCUUCGGGAGCUUAUUAGUAAUGCAAGUGAUGCAUUGGACAAGCUGCGAUUUCUAGGUGUUACUGAGCCAGGGCUUUUGAAGGAUGCUGCUGAUCUUGACAUCCGCAUUCAAACUGAUAAAGAUGAUGGGAUUGUUACCAUCACUGAUACUGGCAUUGGUAUGACUCGGCAAGAACUGAUUGAUUGCCUUGGAACUAUUGCACAGAGUGGAACUGCAAAAUUUUUGAAGGCGUUGAAGGAUAGCAAGGAUGCUGGUGCUGAUAACAAUUUAAUUGGUCAAUUUGGUGUGGGCUUUUAUUCAGCUUUCUUGGUUUCAGACCGAGUGGUUGUCUCCACAAAAAGCCCAAAAUCUGAUAGACAAUAUGUAUGGGAAGGUGAGGCCAAUGCUAGCUCCUAUACCAUUAGAGAAGAGACGGACCCAGAGAAGCUGAUUCCAAGAGGAACCCGCCUUACAUUGUAUCUUAAGCAUGAUGACAAGGGUUUUGCAAAUCCAGAGCGAAUUCAGAAGCUUGUGAAAAAUUAUUCCCAGUUCGUUUCAUUCCCAAUAUACACCUGGCAGGAAAAAGGAUACACUAAAGAGGUUGAGGUGGAUGAGGAGCCAGCUGAAGACAAAAAGGAAGAACAAGAUAGCACAACUGAGAAGAAGAAGAAAACAAAAACUGUUGUUGAGAGAUACUGGGACUGGGAACUAACUAAUGAGACUCAACCAUUGUGGCUUCGCAACCCUAAGGAAGUAUCUACAGAGGAAUACAAUGAGUUUUACAAGAAAACCUUUAAUGAAUACUUGGAGCCUUUGGCAUCCUCACAUUUCACAACGGAGGGUGAGGUGGAGUUCAGGUCUGUACUCUAUGUGCCAUCCAUCGCCCCAACAGGAAAGGAUGACAUAGUUAAUCCUAAGACGAAAAACAUCAGACUCUAUGUGAAGAGAGUGUUCAUUUCAGAUGAUUUUGAUGGAGAGCUGUUCCCUCGAUAUCUGAGCUUUGUGAAAGGUGUUGUGGACUCAAAUGACCUUCCUCUCAAUGUUUCACGUGAGAUUCUUCAAGAAAGUCGCAUUGUACGGAUCAUGCGGAAACGCUUGGUUAGGAAGGCCUUUGACAUGAUUUUGGGAAUAUCCAUGAGUGAGAACAGAGAAGAUUAUGAGAGAUUCUGGGAUAACUAUGGCAAGUACUUGAAAUUGGGUUGCAUUGAGGAUCAUGAGAACCACAAGCGCAUUGCACCACUGCUUCGAUUCUUCUCUUCCCAGAGUGAAGAGGAGAUGAUAAGCUUGGAUGAGUAUGUAGAGAACAUGAAACCUGAUCAGAAGCAUAUCUAUUACAUUGCUUCUGAUAGUGUGACUAGUGCCAAGAACACACCAUUCUUAGAGAGACUUGUUGAGAAGGAUCUUGAAGUGCUGUUCCUAGUUGAUCCUAUCGAUGAGGUUGCCAUCCAGAGCCUGAAGUCAUACAAGGAGAAGAAUUUUGUAGAUAUCAGCAAGGAAGACUUGGAUUUAGGUGAUAAAAAUGAAGAAAAAGAGAAGGUAAUGAAGCAAGAGUUUGGCCAAACUUGUGAUUGGAUUAAGAAGCAUUUGGGUGACAAGGUUGCCAGUGUACAAAUCUCAAACCGCCUGAGCUCGUCACCUUGUGUUCUUGUAUCUGGGAAAUUUGGCUGGUCUGCCAACAUGGAAAGGCUAAUGAAGUCACAGACCGUGGGUGACACAUCUAACCUGGAAUUCAUGAGAGGCAGAAGGGUGUUUGAGAUCAAUCCUGAACAUACCAUUAUUAAGAACUUAAAUGAGGCAUGCAGGGUCAAUCCAGAUGAUGAAGAAGCCUUGAAGGCUAUCGAUCUUCUUUAUGAUGCUGCUCUAGUCUCCAGUGGGUUUACGCCUGAGAAUCCAGCAGAGCUUGGUGGGAAGAUAUAUGAUUUGAUGGGCAUGGCUAUUUCAGGGAAAUGGUCAACUCCUCAGAUGCAGUACGAAGCAUAUUCUCAACCACAACCACAACCACAACAAAAUUCUGAGACAUUAGAAGCUGAGGUGGUUGAGCCAGUUGAAGCUGGUAGUCGCAAGUGAAGAUGAUGAGAGUUCACAAUUUUGUUUCUUCAUUUCCAUGUUUUCAAACGCAUAUAUAAGAUUGAGGAAUAGAUUUAGGGCUUAGUCCAUAAAUGUAUAACAAAUUGGGAAUCAAUUUCCAAACUUUCCUAUAUUGCAGAACGCUUGUUCCUUUUCUUC